AUGGAGGUCAGUGUUGUGAAAACCAAGGUGCCAGGGCAAGUUUCAGGGAGGAGCAGGCUCCAGAGGAGCAAUUUAAUAAUUGUCAUACAAGUUUUAAAAACCUUAUUUGAUUUUCCCACUGCAUGCUUUCUGAGUAUUGACCCUGACUAUAUUCACACUUUACAAGUGUUUUCCUACAUACUUUCAUUGGAUCUUUGCAGCAAUCCUGUGAGAAUCCGAAAAACCUGUAGUGGCCUAACAGGUACAGUCAAUGGCAGCAAGUUGAGUGAAUUCUUCCUCGUGGGCCUCACUGAUGAUCCUCAACUUCAGCCUAUAUUCUUUGCCCUCUUCUUCCUGAUCUAUGCAAUCACAAUUGUGGGAAACCUGGGCCUCCUUGCCCUCAUUGUGGUCAGCCUUCGACUCCACACUCCCAUGUAUUUCUUCCUCAGCAACCUAUCUUUUAUUGACUUCUGUUAUUCUUCAGUCACAGUUCCAAAAAUGUUGAUGGGGUUUUUCUCUGGUUGCCAGACAAUCUCCUUCUCUGGUUGUGCAAUACAGACAAGCUGCUUUGUGAUCUUUGCUGUCACUGAGUUCUUCCUCUUGGCUUCCAUGGCCUAUGACCGCUAUGUGGCCAUCUGCAACCCUCUACUCUACCAUAUCAUUAUGUCCCCAAGGUUCUGUUUGCAGCUAGUGGCUGCCAGCUAUGCAGUGGGCCUGAUGAACAUGGUGCUUCUCACAAGCACAACCUUUUCUCUGACCUUCUGUAAAUCCCAUGUCAUCACUCACUAUUUCUGCGAUAUCCCUCCCCUUUUAAAACUCUCUUGCUCUGACACACGGAUCCUCCAACUUCUCCUCUUUGCCUGUGGUUCCUUUAAUGUGUCUGUGUCCUUGAUAAUCAUCCUAGUCUCCUAUGCAUGUGUCUUCUUGGCUAUCAUCAGAAUACCCUCAGCCCAGGGAAAACACAAGACAUUCUCCACUUGUGCUUCCCACCUGACCGCUGUCAGCCUGUACUAUGGAACCACAGCAUUCAUUUACUUGCGCCCAUCCUCUGAGUACUUACUAGGCAGAGACAGGCUGGUCUCUGUAUUCUACACAGUGGUCAUCCCCAUGCUUAACCCCAUGAUCUACAGUCUGAGGAAUAAAGAUGUAAAGGAAACAUUUGGGGGUGUUCUCAAGAAGGGCUCACAAUUCUCCUUCCCCACACUCAGAUUUCCAUGA